AUGAACUCUGCAUCACGUUCUAAUGAUGAUGAUGCUGCCCCACCACCUACUACAAGCAGCCAGGGCAUUUUUUUCCCGAAACAAGAUGCCACGUCAGUAAUUGACGCAGGCAGUAGCAGCAACAGUGACCACGACGCAGAAGCACUCAGCAAUGACGACGAUGGAGUCCAAGAAGAGUCUCCUGCAAGUCGCUUAGAGGCUGGACACUCGGUUCGUGGUCAAAAACGUCGACAACGAAUUCACUUUGACGUACUGCAAUUAAAGUCAGUUUUUCACCUGCCGUUAAAGACGGCGGCCGAACGACUUGGUAUCUGCGAAGCGGCUCUCAAACGGAUUUGUCGACGGAAUCAGAUCUACAGAUGGCCGUACCGUCAAUUGUCGUCUGUACGUCGACGCAUUGCAGAGCUCAAUGACCGCCGUGCUGAACUCCUCGCGGAACGUGGCGAACUCCCCACAUUGGUGACGGCAGCCCAAUUUGAAUCCAAAAUACAGGAACUAAGAGCGGAAGAGGAUGAGAUCAUUCGAAUGGUUCUUCGACCCCACCAUCGGCUGGUGGAAACAACAACUAGGUCGAUUACGACCAGUGAAGACAGUUCGUAUGGGAAGUCUUCUCAGCACUAUGGACAACGUCCGAUCCUGAACGAGGAAUUUUAUUUCCAUCUUCAAGGCUGUCAAAGUGCCAUUGCGAACUUACCGCCGCUGGAUCUCGGCCGAGUGGAUCGCGAUUUUCCGCUGUUGUUCCUAGCGAACGUGUGUGAGUCCGUUCGAACUUAUUACUACAGAAAGGAAAACGUUUAG